AUGCUGUGGCAGAAGCGUUCAUAUCUGAUGCAUCUACCGGAAGCGCUACCUCUGGUGUUGGCUUCUGUUCCCGAUUGGGGCUUCUAUUUUCUUUCGAAUGUUUACCAGAUUAUUGAGGGUUGGGUUCCCCUGUCACCAGUUCAGGCCAUGCAACUCCUGCUACCGCAAUAUCCUGAUGCGCGAAUAAGGCAGAAAGCCAUUGAAUGGAUUAUGUGUGCAUCGUCAGACUUCUUAUUUAACGCUUUGCCGCAACUUGUAGAGGCUCUGAGGUUUGAAAUAUUCGAGUCAUCUUCACUGGCAGUAGCUCUUCUGACGCUGUUAACACCAGAUGAGCAGGAAAUGCUGUGGCAGAAGCGUUCAUAUCUGAUGCAUCUACCGGAAGCGCUACCUCUGGUGUUGGCUUCUGUUCCCGAUUGGGGCUUCUAUUUUCUUUCGAAUGUUUACCAGAUUAUUGAGGGUUGGGUUCCGCUAUCACCAGUUCAGGCCAUGCAGCUCCUGCUACCGCAAUAUCCUGAUGCGCGAAUAAGGCAGAAAGCCAUUGAAUGGAUUAUGUGUGCAUCGUCAGACUUCUUAUUUAACGCUUUGCCGCAACUUGUAGAGGCUCUGAGGUUUGAAAUAUUCGAGUCAUCUUCACUGGCAGUAGCUCUUCUGACGCUGUCAUACAAGGAUCGGCGAUUUGCUUUUGAGAUAUACUGGCAGUUACAACAGAGGAUAGAUCAUUGUGUCGAUUUUGCCUAUGCUCAGCGUUGUUCGCUAUUGCAGAAGGAGUUGCUAGAGCGACACGAGGCUGACCAUCUGAGGGAUGAAAUUGCUCGGCAGCAUAAGUUAUUGAACGAACUCGAUUGCAUUCAAAUGGAUCUGCGUAGAGAGGAGUCAGAUCAAACUCGGCUAGCGCUCCUACGCUCGCGCCUCGGAACCUUGGAUGGUGCAUUGCUCCAUCAUAAUGUUCGCCUACCCUGCCUUCCAUCAUUCAAAUGCAGUGGUGUAGUGGUUAAAGACUGCAACAUUUUCAAUUCUAAUGCGAAACCUCUAAAAAUUGUAUUCCGUGGUCUUAACUCCACUUACUCUAUUAUUCACAAGAGUGGUGACGAUAUGAGGCAGGAUGCCAUUAGAAUGGCCGAGCUGGUGUUAGACUGCGCGACAUUGUGUGAAAUUCAAAAGGAAUUUGGAGUGACGGGCGUCUUCAAGGAAGAUAUCCUCAUGAACUGGCUGAUGAAACACAAUACCACAGAGUUCAUGUACAAGCAAGCUUUGGAUAACUUCACUCGAUCAUGUGCUGGAUGGUGUGUUGCGACGUACGUGCUAGGAAUAGGUGAUCGUCAUAACGAUAAUAUACUAGUAACCACUGCUGGUCAUGUGUUUCACAUCGAUUUCGGAAAGUAUAUGGGCGAUUGGCAGACGGCUGAGAUCGCGUUCCGUUCGUUUUUACGGAUGAGAUGUACCAUGUCAUCAACGGUGGAAAUCAACAGAAGGAAAGUUAUCAAACGUUCAUCGAUUAUUAUGGCUUGCUCAGAUAUAGCUGGUAUGAAUGUGGAAUCUCUUAAUUUUGUCGAGAAGAAUCUCAUGUUGGAAUUAAGUGAAACAGAUGCUGUAAUACAAUUUACUCAGUUGAUUAAUCAUUCGUUGAAAUCAGCUUUUCCUCGAAUUAACUUCUUCUUUCACACAUUAGCCCAAGUGAUGUCUUCAACAACAGGGAACUCAGCAAAGAAUAACGACAACAUUAGUUUUGUGCCACAGCUUUACACACAGGCGACCGAUGGAAGAAUCUCAGGAGUACGAGUGAUUACCUUCGAAAAGCGUUUUAUGCCCAACAAAGUUUAUCUUUACAAAGUUGAAGUGAGCCGUGAAUCUGAAACGGUGUCGUCCUAUGUGUAUCGAUCAUUCAACGAAUUUAAUGAACUGUACAUAAAACUUCGUAGAAGAUUUCCUACUGUGGCGUUCCCGCCGUUAAGUUCGGGCACAAAGAUGCGGUCGAAUGUGCGUGAAGUGGCGCAGAGGCGAAUGGUUGAUAUCGAGUCGUUUCUACGUUACUUAUUCACUCUGAGCUCCGAAAUUUGUCAUUGUGAUCUGGUGUACACAUUCUUCCACCUUAUUCUUCGCGACAGUAAUAUUCAUUCGUAUAUAGGUACUGAGGAAUCGGCGAACGAUUCGCAUCGUAGCCAAUGCGAAGUAUAUCUGAAGAUCCAAUUCAAUGGCAACAAGCAACAUUCGCAGCUUAGCAUUUUCGUUGGCCACGUAAAACAUCUGGCAUUGUUAACAACUGGCCAAGCUCCAGAUGCAUACGUGAAAUCGUACAUUCGUCCCGAUCCACAGAAUUUAUCGAAGAGGAAAACGCAGGUUGUCAAAGCUAGUCAGAACCCGACGUUCAACAGAGAGAUGUAUUACGACAUCGUUGGUGGAGAGAACGUGUUGUCUACGCGGGUUCUAGAAGUGUCAGUAUGGAACUCUGGAGGGCUGAUGGAUAACAACAAGUUGUAUUUACUGUAUAUUCCACUCCAAAAGUUGAGGAAUCGUCCUGAAGACAGGAAAGGAAAUCGCGUCCUCGAAGGGUGGUUUGCAUUCGAUAAAAAUAUUUGA